AUGGAAGUCUCGCCCUUAACCCAACAGGCUCGACCUGAAACCUUCCAACCGAAAGUUGAUCAGCUGUACGAAGCGUUAUUCAAGGAUGAUAUCGAUACGGACGGAGAAAAAGCCGAGGGUUUCUGGCGAGAGUUCUUCCUCCUGAAGCCCGACCGACCCUUCUUGCAACAAAUUCUAGCCGCCCUAGGACCCGACGACUUAAUAAACCUUCAGUCGCAAACCCAACAGCUCUUCUUCCGGGCUGUGGAAUGCUUGAAAAAAGGAAAUGGUGUGGCCGACCUACAUGCUCUUGAGACUUUAACAACCUUCUUCUCUGCCAUUCUUCCUAAGAAAUAUACAAACCCGAGCUCGGAUAUCAUAGCUGUGUUGGCGGGCCUAGACCAGGUUGAUGCCGUCUUCACCGAUUUUGUAGGGGCUCUGGAUGGGGUAAUUCGUAAUGGCAAAUCAAUGGAAGUUCGGCAAAAGGCCGUGGAUGUUGUCUUAUCCAUCACCUCGGGUGCAUACCAGACAAGUAUUCUAACAUAUUUCAUACAGCGGGAUCUCUUCCCCGCCAUAAUGAAGCUCAUUCAAGACUCGGAAUCUUCCGGAAAGGUCCUGGAGCCAUUUACUUUAUUAGGCCUAUUGGCAAAUUACAACAAAUUUGAAUUUCAGAACCCCUACCAGCUACGACUCAACGAUUUCGUUAAUGAGGCUGCUAUCCGGAAAAUCGUUCGAUGCGUCGGGCAUACUUGCCGGAGUUUAAGAAGUCAAUACGUCGAUAUUCUACAGGAUUUACCGGAAGGGUGGUCCAUCAGUAAUACCCUAACCAUGAUCGGACUUGGUGCUAUUACUCCUGGUGCAAAGGCACAUCAGAAACCAACAUACGACCCAGAGGUAGCUAAGCAGAUGUUCGCAAAAUUGCCCGGCGAAGAUGCUGCUGUGCUACUAGGUGCAUAUGAUUUCAGUCACGCAAAUAAGCUAUUCUGCUUCACCCUCGUCACAUUACCUGCUGAAAAGGGCGAAGAGCAACCUAUUUCUAGUUUCCUAUCACUAACCUCUUACCUCCUUCAACAUGCCUUCCUCUCUACCAGAGCCACAAACUAUGCUCAUCUCAGUCUAAUGGUUUUCCGGCUUCUUAUUGAGGACCAGCUGCUAUGUAAGCGAAUAUGUAGCGAUGAGAGUAAAGUCGCCGUCAGACUCUGCCGCCAACGGCAACCAUUCCUGCCAGCUGUCCGGGGAGAACGCAUCUUGGCGACAAGCGUUCUAGACACUAUGAUAGAUGGCAUCAACCAUAAUCUGCGCCGCAGACUCGAUGUCAGCCUCUACACUUUGUGUGUUGGUAUCAUGUUGCGUAUCAUCUCGUACCUUUCGCGGUCACGGACAAGAUUGCAAUACCAUUGGUCUGAGCUGUUUCGCUCUCUGCUAUCUCUUAUUCGUUUCCUCACUACUUAUUCUUCUGAUCUCAAGGGGCUUUCCCAUUAUGAAUCUCUCUUGGAUCUGGUCGUGAACCUAUUGGCCCUUUCUCUCUCUGCAGGUGAAGCCUUUCUUCCUACGCCUGCUGCCUAUGAUGACCUGUUCUACAAAGUUGUCGAGAGUGGUGAGAUCCUAGUAAAAUUCCGCGACACCUACCGCCUAGCAAGCCGACCAUCAAAUUCAAUAGGCACGCUUAUUAGCGUGAGUACGCACUACAAAACCAUGUUGGACUCUGAUAGUUCCAAAAAGAACCUCACUAGUACUGAGGUGGUGGAGGUGAUCAAGCAGGGCUACGAGACGUUGAGUAUCCAGGCAAGGGAAGGGCUUGAUGGCUGGGAGAGGUAUCGUGAAGCCGAUGAACGGACACUUCUUAAGAAGAUGGCACGAGCAACGGUAGCAGACGUUCAGGUUAUCGUCCAAGCCUAA